GCCAAGUGUAAGUGCGCAUGAUCACACGUGUUCACUGAUCCAUACGGGGCAAGAGGCCGGAGUGGGGUUGCAGUGCCAGCUCGGGGAAUAGCAGACAUGCUUACGUUUUCUAUACGGCGCUUGGCACAGCCCCUGCGGAGGUGUUGCCAUGUUCGAAGUCAACACAGCCAAGCUUGGACACAGGCUGGAAACGAAGUAUGGACUGGGCAAGAAAGUAUGGCAGAGGGUGAUCCUGAGAUGUGGGACCUUGUACAAAAGGAGAAGGACAGGCAGUGCCGAGGGCUGGAGUUGAUUGCCUCAGAGAAUUUCUGUAGCCGGGCAGCUUUGGAAGCCCUUGGUUCCUGCCUCAACAACAAGUAUUCUGAGGGCUACCCAGGGAAGAGGUACUAUGGUGGUGCAGAGGUUGUGGAUCAAAUUGAGUUACUUUGCCAACAGCGAGCUUUGGAUGCCUUUGACUUGGACCCAGAAAAAUGGGGAGUUAAUGUACAGCCAUAUUCAGGCUCCCCAGCCAACUUUGCAGCAUACACAGCUGUCUUACAGCCACACGAUCGCAUCAUGGGCCUAGACCUUCCUGAUGGUGGACAUCUGACUCAUGGGUACAUGUCUGAUGUGAAACGCAUUUCUGCUACGUCUAUAUACUUUGAAUCAAUGCCUUAUAAGUUAAAUCCAGCAACAGGGUUAAUCAAUUAUGACCAGCUGGAGAUGACUGCGCGCCUCUUCCGACCAAAGCUUAUCAUUGCUGGAACUAGUGCCUAUGCACGGCUAAUUGACUAUGCCAAGAUGAGAAAGGUCUGUGAUGAAGUGAAAGCCUACCUUCUUGCUGAUAUGGCUCAUAUCAGUGGACUUGUAGCAGCUGGUGUGAUCCCAUCUCCAUUUCAACAUGCUGAUAUUGUCACCUCCACAACACACAAGACUUUGCGAGGUGCAAGAUCUGGGUUAAUAUUCUUCCGAAAAGGUGUAAAAUCUGUGGACAAGAAAACUGGAAAAGAAAUACCUUAUAACUUGGAAGACAAAAUCAACUUUUCAGUCUUUCCCUCAAUCCAAGGGGGGCCUCACAAUCAUGCAAUUGCAGCUGUUGCUGUGGCUUUGAAACAGGCCAGUUCUCCUAUGUUCCGUGAAUAUGCAGUACAAGUGCUAAAGAACGCCAAAUCCAUGGCCGCUGCUCUGCUAAGCAAGGGUUACACGCUGGUGUCAGGAGGCACAGAUAAUCACCUGGUUCUAGUAGACCUGAGACCCAAGGGUAUUGAUGGUGCCAGAGCAGAGAGGGUGCUGGAGCUUGUAUCAAUAACGGCAAAUAAGAACACGUGUCCGGGGGACAAGAGUGCACUUACUCCAGGAGGGUUGCGACUAGGUGCCCCUGCGCUGACAUCUCGGAAUUUCAAAGAAGCUGACUUUGAAAAAGUGGUUGAUUUCAUUGAUGAAGGUAUCCGCAUUGGACUGGAUGUUAAGCGCAAAACAAAUAAACUUCAAGACUUCAAGAAUUUUCUUCUUGAGGACCAGGAAACCGUUAAACGGAUAGGGGACCUGCGUAAGCAAGUAGAGCAGUUUGCCCGUGCUUUUCCCAUGCCCGGAUUUGAUGAGCGUUAAAAUAAAAACUGAUUGUGUCAAGAACAGCAAACCAUUCCACCCUCUUUCUUUUCUUCUUGCUCUACCUGUUGCCUCGUUGCAUUUUCUCCUCUUCCUGCCAGUUCCUCGCCUAUUCCUGCAUCAUAUAUUUAGUUGUUUCUUUUCUUAUCCUAUCAGUGACCCAGCGUAGUCCAUUUUCUGCUUGACAAACCUAUUCUUCAACAGCACAUUUGCAUGAAGAACUAGGCAGCUAUAUUCAUUUCCAUGACCCAACGACCUUCCAUAAUGAAGUCUCAAAACUCCACAUUUGAAAUUUCAGUGUGGGGAAACGGGAUUCAUUCUGUGGCAGUCAGGUAGACUGCAGAGACUGUUAAAGCAAUAAACAAAAACAUCACAGUUCAGUGAUCCUUACUUCUCCUCGUCUGUAUCUCUGACAAGUGUAGAGGAUAGCUCUUAUACCUUGUCAUUUCAUAAGCCCAUUGAUAUGUCUUUCAUCUUGCAAGGACUAGUUUUGGAACUCUAAGCAGACUGUUGGUG